AAAUUACAGGGAAAAUCGAGUGUACCUACUUAUUAUAGUAUUAAUUACUACGCAACGCUAUAGAACGAUAUUAAUAUAUCGUAUCAUUUAAAACGCAGAAAAGACUUUCUUACAGUGCAAUAUUUACAGUGCAGUAGGUACCUAUAUACAGCGCAGUGCAUUUAAAACGAAUCACAAAACCUAAAUUAGUUCGCAAAAAAGUUAAGUGAAUCACAUAAGUUAUAAAUCGAAUAGGUAGCUUCCGUACGCCAAGUUGCUUUUACCUACACAUCAUAAUUUAUUUCCGACUGUAGGUACGCCGUAUUCUAUUCAGAAUGGAAUAGGUACAAUGUUGUUUACGCUAACGAGCGACUUCAAUAAGUUUAUACCUACUUGUUAUAAGACGUGAUAUUAUACUCGCUUACCCACUUAAGUAUAAAGGAGAUCGACCACUUUGGGCCCAAUAUGUUACACGGGAAAUAAAAAUUGGCAAAAAUCAUUUAUUUUAUGCUCAAUCAAAAUCACUAAAAAUAAUUUUAAUUUACAGUUGCUAAAUAUAGAAAAAUUUUUUUGGAAAUGUUUGUGUUUUUUGUUGGGAUCAUGCAUUCCGUAAAAUGGAAUGGCUUAGUCUAUGGUAAAAAUGUCAAUGUGACAACUGUAAACGAUUGUCAACUGCCAUUCGCUCUGUGUUUACGCGCAAGGGAAUGUGUUUUGGUGCGAUAUUCGUAUUUUCGGUGAUUUUUUCAACGACUUGGACUGUUUCACGGAACCUGACGAAUCUUGCCUUCACGAACUACCUCGGCGCGAACACGGACUUUGUAUUUGCUUCUUUGAUUGACCACGGCUUGCUAAUUCGGACCUCGAUUUCGCCUAUCGUAAUGGAGAACUGCAUUAAUUGUGGUAUUGCAACAGCUCGUUGCAAUAUAACGGGAAGACGUCCUUUAAAUGAAGAAUCCGUCUUAUCCAUUGUACGUGAAUGGGUUGCUCCACUAAGGGUAAGUAAGACCCAGAUGACAGAUUGGCAACUUUACUCCAGAUACCACGGACAACAUUAUCACGCUUAAUGAAAAAAGCAAGAGCAUAUUUGAUUGAGAAUUAUGUUCCACAUCAUUUAGGCCUAAAUCAUAUUAACAGGCAACACUUGAUUGACAGAACAUUGAUGAUACCAAGUGGUUUGUUUGGAAGUGAAAAUAAUGAAAGCAAGCCAGUAGUCAUUUUUGAUGGCACAUAUAUAUAUAUACAAAAAAGCUCGAAUUAUAUGUACCAAAAAGAUACAUAUAGUUUACAUAAAUACAGGAAUUUGGUUAAACCAUUUUUAAUUGUUUGUACCGAUGGCUAUAUAAUAGAUGUUUUAGGUCCAUAUCCCGCUACAAUGUCCGAUUCUGACAUAAUGAAAGAAGAAUUUAAAGAUGGCUCCACAAUGAGAGAAUAUUUUCAGCCCGGUGACGCAUUUAUCCUAGAUAGAGGAUUUCGGGAUGCCUUGCCCUUACUUAAUUCGUGUGGCUAUCGCACAUAUGUACCCGCUUCGUUACAGCAGGGUGAAACACAGCUGUCGACAAUAGAAGCAAAUAAAUCAAGGGCAGUCACCAUUUGUCGUUGGGUUGUAGAAGUAGUUAACGGUAGAUUUAAACGAGAUUUUAAACUUCUAAGACAAGAUUAUUUUAAUGUAGCAUCUAGUCAUUUGAUGCAAGAUGUUAAGGUGGCUGCCGCUCUUAUAAAUGCGUUUCAUCCUGUUAUAACCAACCGGGAUGAUGCCGGGGAAAUUCUUCAGAUAAUAAAUGAAAACAUGUACAGGGAAAAUAGAUUGGCGAACUAUGUUGUGGAAAAUAAUUUAAACAGAAGGCGACUAGAAUUUAGAGCAACACCAGUAAACAGCAUAAAUGUUUUAACAGAUUUUCCCCGGCUUACAUAUAGUGAACUAAUAUUAGUUUCCUUAGGAACUUACCAAAUUAAACAAGCCCGUUCUUAUUACGGCGAACAUGUAAGGGCAGAUGGCUCCUAUGUAAUAGAAGUGUGGAGGGAGGUUGAUAAUGACUUUUUAAGAGAGCUGUCCCUGUCAAACAGUACUUGGUUACUAAGAGGUAGAAUACACUCUCGCCACAUUAGUAGAAAAACAUAUUUUGUUUAUAUAUUGGUGGACAGCUCUCUUUCUGGAAGGCAAGCAUUACUACAAUAUUAUUGUAAUUGCAUAGUAGGAAGGCGUACAGUGGGUUGUUGCGCACAUAUAAUGUCGAUCGUAUGGUAUUUGAGUUGGGCUAGGUACCAAGAAUAUAUUUCACCCCCUGCACACUUCCUAGAUUCCAUUCUAGUUGUGUAUGAAGAUGAAUGAUUAAUGUAUGCAUAAUUACGAAUCAUUAAAAAGCGUGAUUACAUAAAAAACUGUUGUUUAUUUUUAACUAACCUAUUUUCUUUACCUUGGAACCAUAAACCUACCUACUAUUAUUGGCUUGGAAUAACUACCUAUUACUUAUUGGUUCUGUGCAUGAAUUAUGUACUUAAUUCAAACCUAUCUAUCUAAAGAGUUAACUAUUAGUCAUCUGAUAUUUAUUUUAUUAAUAAUUACAAAAAGUAU